AAGGCAGUGGAGAGUAAAGAGGAACUAGCAGAAGGGGCAAGUGAAAUAGCAGAGGUUGAUGCUGGGUUAAAUACACAGUUCAUUGUACCUGAGUUGUCUGUAACUGGAGAGGAUGAUGAAGAGGAAAACUGCUUCAGCACAGCUGUUGCCCAAAAUAAUGGGAAUCUGCAGCAGGUACAGGUGAAAGAUGAAGAUAUGAAGAGAAAUGAUCAGCUUCAAGAAAAUGGUCUGUAUUCUGAUGAUGUCCUGAAGGAAUCCACAGAUGUUUUGGCCUUUUCUCCACUAAUGGAACAGUGGGAAAAACAGUUCUUUCACUAUCAUUUAUGAAGGUGCUCUUCAAACUGAGAACAAAUCUGUCUCAACUGAUGACAUGCAAACUUGUUUGCUUUCUUCUUCUGAUUUGCGUUCAGAUAGUAUAGGUCAUUUAAUGUGUGAAAGAGCAAAGAAUAAGCAUGAGCCAACCUGCCUUUAUGGGAAGGAUAACAAGCUGAAUGAAGCAACAGAUAGCCGUAGCUCAGAGUCAUUUCUGAGCGUGGAGGCCAAGCGCUAUAGAGUAUAUCCUUUCUCUUUGUCUCCAAUAUAUGAAGACGACAGCUCUCAAGAAGAUUUACUUUCCACAGAUGUGUCACCAGAAGGCCACCCAAGUGGAAUAUCUAAAGAUAACACUGACCACGCUUCUGUGCUUUCUCUUCUCCAGUCAGUUUCUGAGCGCUUACAGUUUACUUCUCAGUUCAGUAAAGAGGAGGAGGAAGAGGAAGGAGUGGAGGAGGAGGAUGAGGAUGAAUCAUCAUAUGAAGAAAAUACGCUUAAUGUUGAGAGAGAAGAAAACUGUUUUUCCGGUCAGUGGAAGGGAAAUUUAAAACCAACCCUUCAAUCAAAUGACCAAAAUGGGUCUUUGUUUUCUGAACAAUCACUUUCUCUUUCAAAAGAGCUUGACUCUAAAGAGCAGCCAGAACCGUUUCCAGAUGCAGCUCCCCCCAGUCAAACACCUUGUAAGCCAGUUCCACAGAAAGCUAGUGCUGCUCUAGAGCAUCCUCCUCCAAGUGUGUACUACCAGUACUUGAAAUCUGCCAGCAGUUGCCCCUCUGAGAAGGGAACCAGGUUUGGAAGCCUUCUCCAGGAUAUGUUUCUGCCAAAGAUUCAUUGGUCUCAAGACAACACCAUGCCAAAACUGGGAGAGUUGUCAGCGAACCUCAUUGACAGGGCAAGUCUCAAAUAUAAUCCAAGACCAGGAAAGAUUAUUAUUUAUGAUAUUUAUGGUGACAAAAGUAAACAAGAAGUUCAUUCUGAUGUGCUAGAUGCCACGUCCUGGAUCUUUCCCAUUGGAGCAUUACUGAGGAUAAUUAGAGGAUGUUGGAUUUUUUAUGAGAAACCAAAGUUCCAGGGUCGGAAGUGUGUACUAGAAGAAGGAGAGGUUGUGCUGGAUCACCUUUGGGAUCUCCCAGGCGUGAAACAUCAUCGAAGAAACCUCACAAUUGGUUCAGUGAAGCACGUAACAAAGGACUGUGGCGUUCCAGAGGUAGAGUUCUGCCUGGCAGCUGGUAGUACAGAGGGACUUCCUAUCUGCAUACAGGGUGCAGUUGCCAAUUUAGAAGACCUGGAUGUUGAGAAAAACCCUUAUAUAAAAGUCAAAUCAGGAGUAUGGCUUGCUUACUCAGACUUUAAUUACAAGGGAGAGAUGAAGGUCUUGGAAGAAUGUGAUUCACCAUCUGAAAUCCCUUCAGCAGAUGUAAAAUCUCUGCGUCCCUUAAAAAUGGGUGGACUAAAGGUACAAAUGCCAAUGAAUGUCAAGAUAAUAAUAUAUGAGAAAACCCACUUUGGAGGAUGGUCCAAAGAGUUUUCAGAAAACAUCAGUUCUGUCCCAGCUCUGUUUGGUAAUGAAGAGGAAUUUAAGGAAAUUGGAUCAAUACGUGUAGUUGGUGGAGUAUGGGUUGCCUAUGAUAAGGAGCGUUACAAAGGCCAUCAGUACUUGCUGGAGGAGGGAAAUUACGAAGACAGGCACUCAUGGGGGGGAACUGACAACAUCCUGUCUUUCCGGUUCCUUCAGGCUGAUUUCAUAGAGUCCUCAGUGGCACUUUUUCAGUCUGAUGAUGAAGAUGGGAAAGCAUUAGAUAUCGUCAAUGAAGAAAUCCCUGAUUUGGAGCGGGCUGGAUUUGGUUCAGAGACGAGGUCAAUUCUUGUGAGAAGUGGAGUGUGGGUCGCCUAUCAGCAGAAAUACUUCUGUGGAGAACAGUAUGUGUUGGAGAAAGGAAAAUACAAAUGUUUCUUUGACUGGGGAGGAUCUAGUAAAAUCAUCAUGUCGAUUCGACCCAUUAAGUUGGAACCACUUGGAAUGAACGAGCCUCCGCAUUUGCUCAAAGCUUUCAGUAAUACACAUUUCCAAGGAGCAUGUAUAGAUUUCACAGCAGAAGUUUCUGAUUUUACAUCAUUCAUACCAUGUUCUUUUAAGGUUCUUCGGGGAUGUUGGCUCCUGUAUUACCAAGGGGAAACCACUGACAAUCACUGUGUGCUGGAAGAAGGCCUCUACGUUGACCUCAGUUCCUGUGGCUGCCCGACUGCUACAAUCAAAUCCCUCAAGCCUAUUCAAUACGUUUUUGCUGAGCCCUCCAUCAGUCUGUUCGCUCUGGAAUGCUGCAAGGGUAGAGAGCUGCACUUCAGCGAACCCAUCAAUUCUGUUUUGAAUGAGGACCUUCAUUUUUACACUCAGUCUGUGUGGGUGAGAAGUGGAUUGUGGAUUGCAUAUGAGGGAUGUAAUUUCUUAGGAAAGCAGAUUCUGCUGGAGCCCAGCGAGAUUUCCAACUGGAAUGAGCACAGUGGCUGGAAAGUGAUCGGGUCCCUUCGUCCUGUGAAGCAGCCAGCAGUGUACCUCAGAGUGAAGAACCGAGCCCAAGGCAAAUACCUGACAGUGGCUGGAAGCCUGGCUGAUGUAAGAGCAACAUCAGUGUGUGCAUCCCCAUACAAUGGCAAGAACACCCAGAUCUGGCACUACUGUCGUGGACUCUUCAAAUCCAAGGCUAACAACGCCUGCCUGGAUGUCAUUGGGGGCAGAGACGUGCCUGGGGCCAAAGUGGCACUCUGGGCAGAACAUGGGAAGGACCGGCAAAGGUGGAGACUGAAUGAGGAUGGAACCAUCAGUUCAUACCUUAGUGAACAGCUGGUGCUUGACAUUAAAGGAGGAAGCUACUAUGACAAGAAUCACAUCAUUAUGAAUCAGCUGAUAGACAACAAACAGUCACAAAAAUGGGAUAUUGAAAUAUUGUGAGUAAAACUCACCACACAGAUGGACCUUGUGUGUGUUAUUAACACCUAGAGGGGAAAACCACCCAAACAACUACUGAAGUCACACACCACUGGAGCAUUAAACAGCAACUCCUCUGCUUUCCUUCCUACCAAGCACCAGCUCCUAAAAACAACUGAAUUUUGCACAAAUACAGAAGAUGGGAGGUUGAUAUCAUGUCUUUCUGCAGGGAAGCUGUACUUUAGAGGCCACUCCUGUGAAGGUAACUUACUUUUCAUCUGGAGUAUUAGAAGGAAAAGAGACUUCGUGUAAGUUUUGCAGGACGUGAACUACAAGGGAUAAGAUGGGAAGGCCUCUUCAGAAAUGUUGUCUUUACUUUUCCCUCAAACUGAUGGAAGCUCACUGAAGAAUGAACGCAGCAUGAAAGAGGUUGUGUUGGACUGCUAUGUCUCGAUGUUAGUGGUAGGACUUUGUUUUCAUUUGUUUUAGCAGUACCAAAUUUCCAGGUUCAGGAACUGGUUUUGCUGACCCAUGGCCUGUUUCCAACCAAUGAACUUGUGAGUUAUCACUGAAGAUCACCUUCAACAUGGAUCCAUACCUACCCGUAUCAGAAGAAACGGUCCUGGGUCAGGCUAGACUUCUACAAGGGCUAAGCUGCAUUUAGAGCAGUGAUGAUUUUAAAGUCUAGCCAUAUUUUGGUUUGCUGUAUAUAGAUUAAUUUAAUGUAAUGUAAUUUGGUCUUGAAACCACAUCUUCCUUCAGAAGAGAAUUCCUGGUAGGUAUUUUCAAAGGUGCUAGCAGGCUAUUUCCAAACUUAUUUAAUGUAAAAAGAACAGCAUAACUACAUGUUCACAUACUGUGGCCGAUCAACACCUCAGGCAUCUUAUCCCAAAGGAUAAGGACAUGCUGGCCCUUCCCUCAAUUUCAGCACUGUGCAGUCAGCUUACAAGCUAUCACUUGAGAUAGGCAGCACCAAAUACCUGACUGGAGUGCAGCUGUUGCAGGCUUGAAAAGCAAACAGGGGCAGAACUGCAGACAGCUGCUGAAAACCUGAUGUGAAGUCCCCUUGGUUUACUGGGAACUUCAUUUGGUUUCUGUAUCACUAAAUUAAUCUAUUUCAUUUUAAAAGUAUUUGUUUUUCCUUAUUUGUAUAUUCAGGGUAUGUAUUUCUGUAACUAUUUAAAGAGUUCAGGUUAGCUACAGAUGGAUAUUAUGUUUUCCAAAAGCUGUAACUCUUCCAGUUGUUCAUUCAAACACAAUUCAUCCCCAAACAAAUAAUAUAACCACAUAACCCUAAGUUUGCCACAGAAAUAAAAUGGAUGUCUAUUUUUGUAUGAAAUGAAGUUCUAUAUAGUACUAUUUAAAAAUAAAUCUACUUGCACUUACUAUUUUACAUUCUAAACUUAUCCUAAAUCUGCUGUUUAAGUAACAGAUUUUUCCACUGUCUGUGUAUAUUCUACCAGCUACAGCACUUGUUUAGCCUUUUUUAUGUAAGUAAGUCAGCGUGUCAAGUGUUCUACACGGGACUUACUGUCCAUAUGAAAUUUUAAAAGCCUGUAUAAAAAGGUCUAGCCUUUUAGACCAAGGAUGAUUAAAUUCUCUUUGAUGUGUCAGUGUUAAAUAGCAAAGUAAAAGCAGGGUUUUGUAAGGAAGAGAUCUUGAAUGUAAAAUGCCAAGUGUGUAUAUUUUAAUUGUAUAAAACUUUUUUUAGGAGGAA